GCCGAACCAAGAUGAUCUAUCAACUGAGCCUACUCACGCUGGCGGCGCUCGCCACAGGAAACCCGGUGAACCCAACCUCUCUGCUGAACCCGUUGACGCCAACCGGUCAGAUAGUGGGCGGGGACGCGGUGAGCAUCGAGCAAGUCCCGCACCAGGUGUCCCUCCAAAGUUCUGGCUUCGGUUUCUGCGGCGGCAGCAUCAUAUCGGACCAGUGGGUGGUCACCGCCGCCCAUUGUAUGGUCUACCCGGCCGAUUGGAUCACCGUACGCGCCGGGACCGCCACCAAAUCGUCCGGCGGCACGUUGCACAAAGUCUCGGAGGUGAUCGUGCACGAGAGUUACUCGACCAACUGGUACGGAGUGCCGGAGAACGACGUGGCGGUGAUGAGAGUCAGCACGCCGUUCAAGAUGGACAGAACCCGGCAGCCGAUCGAGCUGUUCAAGCAGAACGAGGAAUCUAGGGAGGGGAUCAGCGCGUCGGUGACCGGAUGGGGCGCGAUCAGAGAGGGCGGUAGUACCACCGACGUCCUUCAGGCGGUCAACGUUCCCAUCGUGUCGAAGAAAUCUUGCAACGAGGCGUACGAAUCUUAUGGUGGAGUCCCGGCCGGGCAGAUCUGCGCCGCGGUGCCCGAAGGAGGAAAGGACGCAUGCCAGGGCGACUCUGGCGGCCCUCUGACCAUCGGCGGUCGUCUCGCCGGUCUCGUGUCAUGGGGCUACGGCUGCGCACGGAGAGGUUACCCAGGCGUUCACACGGAGGUCGCCGCCUUCAGCAACUGGAUAUCCUCCAAGACCGGAGUUAAGGUUGGGAACACGUUCACCCUCCUCAAGAUUUUCUUUCUUUUGCUUUUCGGACGUUUAGCGAGCACGAGCGAAUUGGAACUUCCGUCGGUGGACCGAAUCGUCGACGGUGCACCGAUCGACAUCGAGGACGCCCCGUACAUGUUAUCGUACAUGGUAAAUGGCGAACAUGCGUGCGGCGCUGCUAUCAUCGAUAAAGAAUGGGGAUUAACGGCCGCUCAUUGUGUCGUUCCCUUCAUCGACAGUUCGUACGAUUUAAUAAGCGUCCGUAGCGGAUCCGACGCGUACGACGAGGGCGGAGUCAUCCACAACGUGACGUAUCUCUCUUACCACGAGAAAUACAACGAGCUGAACAACGAUUACGACAUAGCGGUGUUCAAGGUGGCGCCACCGUUUCGGUUUAACAACGUUACGCAACCGGUCAAAUUACCGGAGAACCGUAACCUCGUAGAUACGAGGUGGGGUAUGAUUGCCGGUUGGGGCUACUUCCUCGACUUUGAUCCGGUACUGUCGAAAUACCUGCAGUACGUUAUCGUGCCGAAAGUGAGCAGAGAAAAGUGCACCAAAGAUUACAAGGACAGAUACGUAAUCACGGACCAUCAGGUUUGCUACGGUUUCCAAGAUGGCGGACAAGACGCGUGCAAGGGCGACUCUGGCGGCCCGUUGGUAAACAAUUUCACCGUGAUCGGCAUAACAUCGUGGGGCGACGGUUGCGGCGAAAAUUACUCGCCUGGCGUCUACACCGACGUUAUCGAUCUCGUAGAAUGGAUUACAAAUAAAACCGUUCCCGAAACAUAAGCUCUCGUUUAUUAUUCUAUCGAAGUAACACAAUUGCACUCGACCCAAAUCAUGUGGUGCAUAGGCAGAGACUUGUACUAUUAAUACAAUGGAAAUAUGAUCGAUACGAUUAAAACAACCGUCCGUUAUUGCAACAAA